AUGAUAGAAUUUGUUCGAAUGCGGGCUAUGACUAUACAAGCGAAGAUUGUUGGUAAUGGAUAUGAAGAGGUAGAAUAUUACCCUCAGCAAGAUGACUUAAUAUCAACGGCAGUAGCUAAGACUCCGAGACCGGGUACUUCAUUUUUACGGGAUACAAAAACAUCCCGUAAUAUUGAAACAUCAUAUCAGAAAAAAGCGACAGCCACGGUACGAUCCCGUGCAGGAACCAGCACGGCUGGGGCGCGCAGCGUUCGUACAGCACUUAACACGGCAUCGCGGAUGUCCCGCGCAGCCACGGCGCUCGCCGGUGGGGCACCCUACACCCCAGGAGCACCAUUAUCUUUAAGAUUUCUUUCAAAAGAAGACAAACUGUUUAUUCCGGCUUCGAAAACACUUUUUGAAUAUGUGUUUUACUGUGAAGGUGAUGUUAGAAAGGCUAUGGAAGUGGCAUUUCAAGCACAGAAGUCUGAUGAGGCACUAACAGAUUGGUGGUGGAAUUUCUCACUUGCUCGAUGUUAUUAUGCACUCGGGAUGUACAGGAACACUGAAGAUUGUUUACGUCAAGCACUUAAACAAAACAAACACAUAUCCAUAUACCUCAGGCUUGUAGCAAUGUAUGUGGGAUUAAAUCAACCAAUAUCGGCAUUAGAUAUCUGUAAACAAGGGCUGUCAGUGUUUCAUGAGUAUACGCCAUUAUUAAUUGAGCAAGCAAGAAUCCACGAGCAGAUGGGUAACUCCGCACUGGCAGUGAAGGAGUAUCGAUUGGUAGCUUUAGAAGAUCCGUCUAACAUGGAGGCUAUAGCAAACAUAGCAAUGUAUAAUUUUUAUAAUGAUCAACCGGAAAUUGCUUUGAGAUAUUAUAGAAGAUUGUUAGCCACAAAUCCGGCGGGACCAGAAAUAUACAAUAAUUUAGGGCUCUGCUGUUUGUACUGCAAUCAAUGGGAUUUGACAAUACCAUGUUUUCGUCAGGCUCUCUACUUCUCAGCAGAUGCCGAUAUUCGUUCAAAUAUUUGGUUUAAUCUUGCUCAUGUGGCCCUGUCAACGGGUGACGUAACAUUAGCUUAUAGAUGCCUUCAAGUAAGCCUGGCAAUAGACUCAAAGAAUGAAGCUUCUCAACAUGCGUUGCAAGCCCUAGAUGCAAGACUACGUGCGAGGAGGAAGAAUGCCACCUAA